AUGACUUGGAGUCUCUUCAAGAAAAACCCUGAGCCCAUCAUAGCUGCGUCUGUGGCACCGCCCCCACCCCCCACCUCAGCGGUGGUCCCGGUGGGGUCAAUGGACAACUCAACUGGGUCAGGCCCAGUGGAGAGCAAGGAGGAUGUGUUUGCCCAGAUUAAAGAAAAGUUUAUGAAUGAGAUAAACAAGAUUCCAUUGCCGCCGUGGGCCCUGAUUGCCAUCGCAGUGGUUGCAGGGCUGCUGAUCCUCACCUGCUGCUUUUGCAUCUGCAAGAAGUGCUGCUGCAAGAAGAAGAAAAACAAAAAAGAGAAAGGCAAGGGGAUGAAAAAUGCCAUGAACAUGAAAGACAUGACAGGCCAGAAUAAACAGGAUGAUGAUGAUGGCGACGGAGAAGAAGAGGGAGAAGAAGAGGAGAAGGAGAAGGAACCAGAGAACUUGGGGAAGCUACAGUUCUCCCUAGACUAUGAUUUUCAGGGUAACCAGCUAACAGUAGGGAUCCUCCAAGCGGCUGAGCUCCCAGCAUUGGAUAUAGGUGGCACAUCAGACCCUUAUGUCAAAGUCUUCCUACUUCCUGACAAGAAGAAGAAGCAUGAGACCAAAGUGCAAAAGAAGACCCUCAAUCCAACUUACAAUGAGACUUUUGUCUUCAAGAUUCCGUAUCAGGAACUGGGCGGGAAGACCUUGGUGAUGGCCAUCUACGACUUUGACCGCUUCUCCAAGCAUGACAUCAUUGGAGAAGUCAAGGUGCCCAUGAACACCGUGGACCUGGGACAGCCCAUUGAAGAGUGGAGAGACCUAGAGAGUGCAGAAAAAGAGGAGCCUGAGAAAUUGGGAGACAUCUGUAUCUCACUACGAUAUGUGCCCACUGCUGGGAAGCUCACCGUCUGUAUCUUGGAAGCAAAGAACUUGAAAAAGAUGGAUGUCGGUGGACUUUCAGACCCCUAUGUGAAGAUUCACCUGCUGCAAAAUGGCAAGCGACUUAAGAAGAAGAAGACCACUGUCAAGAAGAAGACUCUGAACCCUUACUUCAAUGAGUCUUUCAGCUUUGAGAUUCCGUUUGAACAGAUACAGAAAGUGCAGGUUGUGAUCACCGUGCUGGAUUAUGACAAACUGGGGAAGAAUGAAGCCAUCGGCAAGGUAUUCGUUGGCAACAACUCCAGUGGCACAGAGCUGCGGCACUGGUCUGACAUGCUGGCCAACCCUCGCCGCCCCAUUGCCCAGUGGCAUUCCCUGAAGCCUGAAGAGGAGGUGGACGCAGCUCUUGGGAAGAACAAAUAGGAUACUCCAUACCCCAGCAUCACCUACUUGAACAUUCAAAGUGAUCCAGAGCUAUCAAUACCUCAGUUAGGCAACUUUUGGUUUCUGUUCUGUUUUCUGAGCUGCAAUACCCUUUCUUUGACGGCUGUAGAGGAAUUCCAGAUGCACCUAAGCGUUUGCAAGAGAAAGGGUUUGAAAGGCACAGAGAUUUCUUUUGCAUUCUUCCAAGUAGUUUGUCCGCUGCAUGUUCCAUCAUCUCUCUGUGUUGUUCUCUUCAAGCAACAAGCCAGCUCCUCUCUUGGGGUUUCUUCCUCAAGGCCACCUUGAAUAGCACAUGGUUUGCUUUUACUCUCUUUGGCUUUUUCUCCUUUAAAUCAGACCUUUGAACAUUGUGCUAGGAUGAUACCAGAGCCUGACAAUGUGAGUUGACCAGACAGACUGUGCUUGCUUUGGAAAGUAAUAGCAAAGGAGAAAGGUUAUAAAGUGAUGCUCUUAUUUACCAUAUGAGCAUCUUGGCACAUCGAGUUGGUUGGCCUUUGGCCAUUAGUCAUCUUCCAAAGACAACAAGGAGCAACUCUGGCACUGGAACAUCCCCAAAGAUGUGGAGAACUGGUGGAUUAAUUCUCUUUGGUGAGAAGAAUGCAUUUUGGGCAUACUUAUACCAUGAUGUUAAUUGCCCUCUAGCAUCUAGGUACUGCAUUGGGUCUUCUGUUCCCUUGUAGUUUUCAGUUCUGAAUUAGAAUGAUGUAGUGGUACU